UUCGCUUUGGUUUCUGAGUCUUAGAAUACACAUAAAAAAAUGGCAAAGGGUUUGCAUCUUUCACUCUCCCUUGUUCUUGUCUCUGUCAUUGCAGUCACAUUCAGAGCCGAGAAUGUGAGCGGAAGCCCUUCGAAUUUCAUAAAAUCGUCUUGCAGCACGACGACGUUUCCAAACGUGUGCGUGGAGUCUCUGUCGGUGUAUGCAAACACGAUCCAGCAAGACCCUCACGAGCUGGUCCAAACUGCCCUCACACUCAGCCUGAACAGGAGCCAGUCCACAAGGGCAUUUGUGACAAAGUGCAACAAGUUCAGAGGGCUCAAACCCAGAGAGUACGCGGCCCUGAAGGACUGCGCAGAGGAGAUCAGCGACAGCUGUGACAGGCUGAGCAAGUCGCUGAAGGAGCUGAAGCUGUGCAAGGUGAAGGGUGACGAUUUCAGAUGGCACAUCAGCAAUGUUGAGACCUGGGUCUCUUCUGCUUUGACUGAUGACAGCACCUGCGGUGAUGGCUUUGCUGGUAACGCUCUCAAUGGUAAGAUGAAGGAUUCCAUCAGGGCUAGAAUGGUAAAUCUUGCUCAGGUCACUAGCAAUGCCUUGUCACUCAUCACCCACUAUGCUUCUCAAUAUUAGUUUCUUUCCUCUUCUAAUUUUGUUUUCAAGGAUCAUGUCAAUCUUGUGUUUUAUGUCACAUAUAUAAUCAAAUCUAAAUCCUUAUAGAUUAUCAUGGUUUUGUAAUCUCUAGUAUUCUUCCUGUCAAUUGUGUAUGAUAUAUGCUGAACCAUUACUAGUUUUUUUUCUACA